UCAGAGGAUCGUAGGUACAUGCAUUGGUGUAGGCAGGGGGGAAAAUGAAAAGGGCGAGUCGCAUAUCAAGCGACCUAUUAUAUUCAUUUAUUUUGGAAGAUUGAUCAGCUGUUUAGGCCGCCCACAUAGGUUUAUCCAUCAAAAGGAUGCUAGCUCAGCGCUCGCGCUCAGCACCGAGCAGACUUCGAAUUCUGCUAUCUCUUUCUGUUUCUGUGGCACCCUGUUCGACCGCGGUGUCCAUCUUUUUUGCAUGCUCUUUCCACUUUGAUACUCAGCUUCUAUUAACGAUUCGGGAUAUCGAUGAUAUGUGCAGAGCUAGAGCGUCACCGGGUCACCCUCCAUCUCGAUCCAUAUCCUUGCUUGACCUAGGUCCUACUAAAUUUUUCUCUCGAAUGAGAACUCAAAAGCCUGGGGGAAAUGUCAAUAGCAUCGCGCACGAUGUUUAACGGAAUGAAGAAAAUGGCCACGCUUACACCCAUGGCCGAAGAAAAUUUCGGAGAUUUCCCUCCCAGUUUCCCAGUUUUUGU